CCACGUCUCUGGGAGCCUCACGAUCUUCCAGUGACAGAAGAUUGUCCGCACUGCACCUCGUUGCAGUUGCACCUCUUGCGACCAUGACAUCUCUCUGGGCAUCAGUGCUGCUAGCACUCCUUGUGCAGACUUCAGUGGUGUCAGCAUCUCUGACCAGAAAGAAUGUGAAAGAUCUGACGCCUCAGGAAGUCCUGAGCCUCCAGAACUAUCUGCUAGAGCUCGAAAAGGACAGCUCGGACAGUGGCUUCGCGGCGCUAGCCGGUUACCAUGGAAAGCCGUCCAGAUGUGUAGUUAACGAUAAAAACGUAGCGUGCUGCGUACACGGCAUGGCCACCUUCCCUCAGUGGCACCGCCUGUACGUCGUGCAGCUGGAGCAGCUGCUGGUGAAAAAAGGAUUGACCAACAUUGGCAUCCCUUACUGGGACUGGACAAAACCACUGAAAGAAUUGCCGACCCUUGUGCAGGAUCCCAUCUUCAGAGAUCCUGCAGGUGGCCUUGGAAAACGAAAUGCCUGGUUCUCCGGCGAGAUCAACGUGGACACCACAAAAGUGCGCACCGCCCGUGCUGUGGACGAGCGCCUGUUCGAGUCUGUGGCCCCUGGACAGAACACCCGCCUCCUGAACCUGAUACUGGACGCCCUGGAACAGGACGAUUAUUGUCAGUUUGAGGUACAGUUCGAGGUGGCGCACAACAACAUCCACUACCUGGUGGGUGGUCGCCACGAGUACUCCAUGUCAACGCUGGAGUGGACCUCCUAUGACCCCAUCUUCUUCCUUCACCAUUCCAACGUCGACCGUAUCUGGGCCAUCUGGCAGGCGCUGCAGAAGAAGCGUAACAAAGCCUACAACCAUGCCGACUGCAGCGUGGAGCUCUUCCGCCAGAAACUCCAGCCUUUCGAUGAUGACACGAACCCCGUCGCUCUGACUAGGACCUAUAGUACGGCCAAUCAACUCUUCAGCUACGCGCAGCUGGGCUACACCUAUGAUGAACUGAAACUGAACGGCUGGACCAUCGAUGAGCUGUAUACUCUGCUGGAGCAACGGAGCGGGCGCGAACGUGCAUUCGCGACCUUUUCCCUCCACGGCCUCGGCUUCUCCGCCAACGUCCGCGUGAAGGUAUGCGAGCACCUGGAGGAAGAUUAUGCGCACGAAGAAACAAGUCAUUGCGAGUUUGCAGGCGACAUCUUCAUCUUGGGUGGUGCCAACGAAAUGAAGUGGGAGUUUACGCUCCCCUACUACUUCGACAUCAGCGACGCGGUGCUGCGCCUCGGCCAGCCGUUGGACGGCAACUACAUCAUCCAGACCGAGGUCUUUAGCGUCAACGGCACGGAGCUGGAAGCACAUGUCCUGCCCGAUCCUGUUGGUGCCCACCGGCCAGUCCGCGGCUGGACUGAUCCCAAACCCGCCGGGUUGGAGGCACGAACAGCCAAAACCGUCAUCCGCAAAGACGUCGAUGUUCUGACGGACGAGGAAAUCUACGCCCUGCGACAGGCGCUGUCCCGCUUCCAGAAUGACAGUUCUGUGGACGGGUACCAGGCCGUGGCCGAGUUCCACGGGUUACCUGCCCGUUGCCCUUACCCCGACGCCAGGAACCGAUACGCGUGCUGCAUCCACGGCAUGGCCACCUUCCCGCACUGGCACAGACUCUUCGUCGUACAGGUGGAGGACGCCCUUGAGAGGAGGGGACUAGAAAUUGGCAUUCCAUAUUGGGAUUGGACAAAGCCAGGAAGCCGGAUACCAGCGUUUGUGAAAGAAGAAACCUAUGAAGACCCCGUCAGUAAAAAUAUGGUGCACAAUCCCUUCUUUAACGCACCUGUGGCAUUCCGGAAAGAAACCACUCAGAGAGAGAUACAAGAUGACCUCUUUAAGAACCCUAAGUUCGGCGACCACACCGAUCUCUUCGAUGGAAUGCUGCUGGCCUUCGAGCAAACUGACUUCUGCGACUUUGAGGUGCAGUUCGAGGUCAUCCACAACCUUCCGCACUUUAUGGUGGGAGGCUUCGCGCAAUUCUCUCUGUCCACUCUCCACUACAGCGCCUUCGACCCUAUCUUCAUCCUACACCACUCCAAUGUGGACCGGCUGUGGGCCAUAUGGCAGGCACUGCAGAUCAAGCGAGGGCUGCCAUACAAGGCCCACUGCGCCAACACCCUCACCCACGAGUCCCUCAAGCCCUUCGGCUUCCCCCCGCCGCUCAACAACAACGAGAAGACCUUUGCCCACGCCACGCCCCUUAACAUCUAUGACUACGAGAAAGAGCUGGGUUACGGUUACGACACCCUGCAGUUUGGGGGCAUGACCGUCGACCAGCUGAAGACCUAUAUCGACAACCGCCGCACUGAGGACCGCACCUUCGUUGGUAUCCUCCUUCACAGCAUUGGGGUGUCUGCCAAAGUCGAAGUGGAAAUUAAAAAAUCUGGAGUUGCCCCUUACAAGGUGGGCGUUCUUGCCGUGCUCGGAGGUGAGGCGGAAAUGCCUUGGAACUUCGACCGUGUAGUGAAAGUGGAGAUAACUAAAGCACUCACAGAUCUUGGCCUCAGCUAUGAUGAUAACUUCGAUGUCAUCUUGAGCAUAACAGAUGUGAAUGGCAUCCCUUUGCCAGAAGACACUUUCUCCCAUCACACCAUAAUCCAUGAUGAUGGAGAUGUGAUCGAACCGACUACGAAAGCGGUUGAGAAAUACGUACGCAGCGACCUGGACAGCCUGUCUAGAGAGCAAAUCCAGAAUCUGCGUGAGGCUCUCCAAGCGCUGAAGGAUGACUCAUCCGUACGCGGUUACGCACAGAUCGCUGGUUUCCACGGUCAGCCCAACUGGUGCCCGUCCCCGGAUGUGGAGAAGAAGGUCGCCUGCUGCCCACAUGGUAUGGCCAUCUUUCCCCACUGGCACCGCCUGAUCACUGUACAGGCCGAGAACGCCCUCAGGGACAGAGGCUUCAAGGAUGGCUUACCCUACUGGGACUGGACUCUACCCAUGAAAAAGCUGCCUGACCUGGUGGAGUCGGAUACGUACCUAAACCAUAAGAAAAAUGAGACAGUUCCCAACCCUUUCCACCACGGCGAGAUUGGCAAUGAGAAGACGACACGCAGUGUGCGGGAUGAGCUAUUCGAGCAGCCCGAGUUCGGCAAGCUAACCAAGAUCGCAGAGAUGGUGCUGCUGGCCUACGAACAGACGGACUUCUGUGACUUUGAGGUGCAGUUCGAGAUCGCGCACAACUACAUCCACGCGCUGGUGGGUGGCAAAGAGCUCUUGUCCAUGGCUUCCCUCCGUUACACUGCCUUCGACCCCUUGUUCUUCCUACACCACUCCAACACCGACCGCAUUUGGGCAACAUGGCAAGCUCUGCAGCGCUAUCGGGGGCUGCCAUAUAACUCCGCCAACUGCGCCAUCGCCUCCAUGCGCACACCGCUGCAACCCUUCGCCCAGAGCAGCGUUAUCAAUCCUGACCCCGUCACGCGCGACCACUCCGUGCCCUUCGACACUUUUGAUUAUCAGCGCAGCUUUCACUACUCGUACGACAACUUCCAAUUCAACGGUUUGUCACUGCCACAAAUCCAGCGCGAGAUCGUGCGGAGACAGACUGACGACCGUAUCUUCGUUGGCUUCAUGCUUCGCGGCAUCAAAAAAUCAGCCCUAGUGUCCUUCCGGAUCAUCGAUAGCAAAAACGAGUCCCACAAGGGUGGCGAGUUCUACAUAUUGGGUGACGAGAACGAGAUCCCCUGGCAGUACGACCGCCUCUUCAAGUUCGAGAUCACACGAGAGCUGGCCACAAACAACAUCGAUCAGCGAGAUCCCUUCAGAAUCGAGUACGAUGUCUACAACCUGGCAGGCGAGAAAAUCUCCAACUCGACCUACGGCCAGGUCACCAUCAUCAACGAACCAGGAGCAGGAUCUCGACAGGAAGAGAUUUACAAACGAGAGGUUCAAGCCGCGUCCCACGUGCGUCGCAACAUCGAAAGCUUGAGCAAGGGCGAGAUCGAGAGCCUGCGAAAUGCCCUCUCCAAGAUCGAGAAAGAUGGAACGUUCGAGAACAUCGCCAAGUUUCACGGCUACCCAGGACUGUGUGAGCACGAGGGCCGUAAUGUGUCAUGCUGCGAUCACGGCUCUGCCACCUUUCCGCACUGGCACCGACUCUACGUCGAGCAGGUGGAGAACGCGCUGCUGGCCCAGGGUUCAGCCGUUGCCGUGCCAUACUGGGAUUGGACACAGCCCAUCCGAAGCCUGCCGGAUCUGAUUAACGAGGCCCACUUCUUCAACUCUAGGACUCAGAAAGAGGAGCCUAACCCGUUCUUUCAGGGCAAGAUCAGCGACGUUGACGAGGUGACUACCCGAGACCCUAAACCCGAGCUCUUCAACAGCGACUACCUGCUGAACAACGUCCUGUUAGCCUUAGAAAAGACCAGCUUCUGCGACUUCGAGAUCCAGUUCGAGAUCGUCCACAAUAGCAUUCACUCCUGGGUUGGGGGUCGAGGCCAGUACUCCCUGAGCUCUCUGGACUUUGCGGCCUUUGACCCAGUCUUCUUCCUGCACCACUCAAACGUGGACCGCAUCUGGGCCAUCUGGCAGGAGCUACAGCGCUACCGCGGCCUUCCAUACGAUAGAGCCGAUUGCGCCAUCAACGCCAUGCAGACGCCGCUGCGUCCGUUCGGCGACAAAGGUAAGAACCUGUUUGACGUCACGCACCGUUACAGCCGUCCUGCUGACGUCUUCGACUACAGCCACCAUCUCGACUACACUUACGACGACCUCAGCUUAAACUCCUGGACCAUCCCGCAGCUGGAGGAAGUACUGAAGAAGCAGCGGUCACGUGACAGGCUAUUUGCUGGUUUCCUCCUGCACAACAUAGGCACCUCGGCCGACGUCCACAUAAGGUUGUGUGUUGCUACUGGCAACGGGGAACACAACUGCAACCACGAUGCUGGAGAAUUCUCGAUCCUUGGCGGAGAGACUGAGAUGCCGUUCAUCUUUGACCGUCUCUACAAGUUUGACAUCAGUGAACCAGUGCGUAAGCUUGGCUUCAGACUCGACAAUCCCGGUAAUCUUGACCUCGACAUCAAGAUUCAAGCUUUCAACGGUUCUUACCUCGAUCCCAGCAUUCUCAGGCGACCUUCUCUUAUCUUCGUACCUGGUACAGAUCGCAAACAGAACGCUGUUGGAAAAUCGGAGAAGCGGUUGGUCCGCAAGAGUGUGACGUCACUAAGCCAGUCUGAGCGGCGGUCACUGGUGCUUGCCAUGCAGAGCCUGCAGGCUGACAACUCCGCCAGCGGUUUCCAGGCGCUGGCGUCGUUCCAUGCGUUACCUCCCCUGUGCCCGUACCCCGAGGCCAACAAGCGCUUCGCCUGCUGUGUGCACGGCAUGGCCACCUUCCCGCAGUGGCACCGACUCUACACCGUGCAGUUUGAAGACGAGCUCCGACGACGCGGGGCCAUUGUGGGCAUUCCCUACUGGGACACCAUCGGUCCUCAAAAGAGCCUCCCGGACUUCUUCAAUGAUGCAGAGUACUAUGACCCAGUCCUGAACACUACCAUCCCUAAUCCUUGGGCCGGCGCCGCGAUCAAGUUUAAGAACACUAAUGUGGACCGCGAAUUCAACAUGGAACGCUUGCAGCAAGAGGGCGAGCAUGGCUUCGACACCUGGCUGUGGAAGCAGUACCUCUUCGCCCUCGAACAGGAGAACUACUGCGACUUCGAGGUGCAGUUUGAGAUUGCCCACAACGCCAUCCAUGCCUGGACGGGCGGGUCAAAGGAGCACAGUAUGGCCCACCUGCACUUUGCUUCCUACGACCCCAUCUUCUUGUUGCAUCACUCCAGCACUGACCGCAUCUACGCCGUCUGGCAGGAGCUGCAGCGCCUGCGGGGUCAUGAUCCAAACGAGGCCAACUGCGCCCUAGAGCUCAUGCGUGAGCCACUCAAACCUUUCAGUUUUGGCCCUCCGUACAACUUGGACCCCGUCACCAAAGAGUUUUCCAAGCCCGAGGACGUCUUUAACUAUAAAGACCACUUUCUCUACACGUACGACAUUCUAGACGUGCAGGGAGUCAGCGUGGACCUAUUGCAGAACUACAUUAACAGACAGAAGGAAAAGGGAAGAGUAUUCGUUGGCUUACUUCUGGGCGGCAUCAGAACUUCCGCCCACGUGGAAAUCAUCGUGACCGCUCCUGGUGGCAAAGAUACGCCGGCUGGUGACUUCAAUAUCCUUGGCGGGUCCGCCGAGAUGCCCUGGUCCUUUGAUCGUCUUUACCGCUAUGAGAUAACCGAUGUUCUUAAGAAGGAAGGUCUGAAGAAGACUGACAGCUUUAAUGUAAGCGUCACCAUCACUGCCAUGAACGGUACAACUCUCGACUCUAGCCUCAUCCCCACGCCCUCCGUCAUCUACAAGCCAGCCAAGCGCAAGAGCAGCAUCAGCCAGCUGCCUGCCAACCGCAUCCGUCGCGACCUCUCGACAUUUGACGUCCGUGACAAGAUGACCCUGAAGGCUGCUCUCAAGGACCUGCAGAAAGAAGAAAACGGAUGGCAGCAUCUGGCGUCUUUGCACGGAGUCCCCGUCAAGUGCCCGGUUGAGUUACCCACAGUUGCAUGCUGCAUCCACGGCAUGCCAACAUUCCCCCACUGGCAUCGACUGUACACAUUGCAGGCUGAGCGGGAGCUGCUUAAGCAUGGAAGUAGCGUGGCGUUGCCCUACUGGGACUGGACCAAACCCAUCACGGAGCUGCCCGAGCUGUUCACGCAACAGACCUAUUACGACCCCUGGCGGAACGCGGUGGAAGAGAAUCCCUUCGCGCGCAGCUACAUCAACUCUGCUAGCGGCUACACUGUGCGUGACCCGCAGCCAGAGUUAUUCAAGACCACUCCGGAUGGCAAGAACUCUAUUCUUUUCGAUGAGGUGCUGCUGGCCUUGGAGCAGCGCGAUUACUGCGAUUUCGAGGUGCAGUUCGAGGUGACCCACAACGCCAUCCACUACCUGGUCGGUGGUCACCAGACCUACGCCUUGUCCUCCCUGAGUUACGCCUCCUACGACCCUAUCUUCUUCGUGCACCACUCCUUCGUGGACAAGAUCUGGGCUGUCUGGCAGGAGCUGCAGAAACGCCGCAACCUUCCCUACAACAGGGCGAACUGCGCCGUCAACUUCGUCACCAAACCUAUGCUUCCCUUCAGCUCACCCAGUCUUAACAAAGACAAGUUUACCCUUGAGCACUCUACUCCUCUGGACGUCUUCGACUACUCGAGCUUGAACUACGCCUACGACAACCUGGAUCUGGGCGGCCACACGCUGGAAGAGAUCGAGCAUGAUAUCAAUGAGCACCAGAGUAAGCCGCGCAUCUUCGCCGGCUUCCUGCUGCACGGCAUCGGAGUCUCGGCGGAAGUAAGGUGCUCCAUAUGUGUCACCAGGACGAGAUGUGCGCGAGCCGGCGCCUUCUUCGUGCUAGGCAGCGAUGUGGAGAUGCCAUGGUCCUUCGACCGAUUGUACAAGUACGACAUCACCCAGGCUCUUGAGGCCCUGUCUAUUCGCCCAGAAGAUGUGUUCGACGCACAGGCUUCCUUCAACUUGAAUGUGGACAUUAUCGCGGUGAACGGCACCAAGCUGCCAAGCUCUUCGUUGCCUACUCCGACCAUUAUCUUCGAGCCUGCCAAAGGAGCGACCGCUGAGCGACAAUCGUACGAGUUGUCAGGAGUUGGCGUGCGCAAGAACAUCAAUACUUUGACAGUUGCGGAGACCGAGAACCUGAAGAAGGCGCUGCAGGCGGUCAAAGAUGACAAGGGCGUCUCCGGAUAUCAGAACAUCGCCGCCGCCCAUGGUUACCCCGGAAAGUGUACAGAAAGUGGUCGUACGGUGGCCUGCUGCCACCAUGGUAUGGCUAGCUUUCCCCAAUGGCAUCGUCUCUUUGUUGUCCUCCUAGAACGCGCGCUCACGCGCCAGGGCGCUCGCGUAGGUAUCCCUUACUGGGACUGGACUGAGUCCUUUACGGCUCUGCCGAGCCUGCUCACCGAAACUGAAAAUAAUCCCUUCAGCCAGGGUGAGGUGGCGGCCCUUCACCAGGUAACCACGCGCGCACCUCGCCCCCAGCUCUUCAGUGACCCCGAGCGCGGUGAAGAAUCCUUUUUCUACCGUCAGAUCCUCCUGGCCUUCGAGCAGCGCGACUACUGCGACUUCGAGGUGCAGUACGAGGUCACCCAUAACGCCAUCCACUCCUGGAUCGGAGGCACCAGUCCUUACGGCAUGUCCACCCUCGAGUACUCUGCCUACGACCCCGUCUUCUUCAUCCAUCACUCCAACGUCGACCGGCAGUUCGCAAUCUGGCAGGCGCUGCAGCGCUACCGUGGCUUGGACUACGACAGCGCCAACUGCAAUAUUCAGGAGCUGCGUUUGCCGCUGGAGCCAUUCAACUGGGAUGACAUUCCCUACCCGAUCAUUCGUGAAAACGCACGUGCCAUUGACGGAUUCCACUACGACCGGUUCAACUACCAGUACGAUAAUCUCAAUUUCCACGGCCUGACCAUCCCUCAGCUGGAGGCAGUGUUGGAGAAGCGAAGAGACGAGGACCGCAUCUUUGCCAAUUUCAUGCUUGCGGGCUUCGGGGCUAGCGCUGACGUCACGUUUGAACUGUGCGACAAGGAGAAUCACUGCAUCUUUGCCGGCACGUUUGCCGUACUGGGAGGGCCUCUGGAAAUGCACUGGAAGUUCGACCGACUCUUCAAAUAUGACGUCACGGCCGUCUUCAAGCAGCUGCACCUCCGACCCGACUCCGAGUACCACUUCGAUGUUCACAUCAGGGCCGUCAAUGGCUCGGAACUGAGCUCGUCUCUGCUGGAGCCGCCGUCAGUCAGUUUUGUGCCAGGCAGACGUCGCGGGGCUCAUGCCGCGUCUAGUGAGGAGCCUCAACCCUCGCCAAGCGACGACCUCGUCCGUUACGAGAUUUCUGCCCUUAGCCUCGAGCAGGUCAGCAAUCUGAAGAACGCGCUGUACAAGCUGCAAAACGACAACGGCCCCAACAGCUUCGAGACCAUCGCCGGCUUCCACGGCUACCCCAACAAUUGUCCGGAGAACGCCACCAACCGCUACGCCUGCUGCACGCACGGCAUGCCUGUCUUCCCACACUGGCACCGCCUGCUGACCGUGCAGUUCGAGAUGGCGCUGAAGGAUCAGGGUGCCCUGGUGGGUGUGCCCUACUGGGACUGGACCCGCCCUGCCAAGAACCUGCCCUCGCUCCUUGCUGAUACCAAAGACAACCCCUUCUCUGGAUACCUUAUCAAGUCCGCCAGUCAGCAGGUGACACGUGACGUCCAACAGCUGUUGUUCAACCGCACACAGCACGGUAGCCAGGACUACCUGUUCGAUCAGACCCUGGAGACCCUUGAGGAAGAUACCUACUGUGACUUCGAGGUGCAGCUGGAAAUGCUGCACAACACCUUACACGCGCUGGUGGGAGGUACUGGCACCUACUCCAUGGCCACGCUGGACUACUCGGCCUUUGACCCCUACUUCAUGAUCCACCACUCCAGCAUCGACCGCAUCUGGAAGAUCUGGCAGACGCUGCAGAAGCUUCGCCACCGUCCCUUCAAUGUAGCGCGCUGCGCGGCGCGCAGUCUUUUCCGCCCAUUGGAGCCUUUCUCCUACGAACUGAACCCGAACCCCAUCACCCGCGCCAACUCCAAACCCAUACAGAUCUUCGACGCGGCCAAGUUCCAUUACGAGUUUGAUAACCUGAAUCUUAACGGCCACAGCGUUGAGGAGAUCGACACUCUCAUCAAAAACUUGCGGGCUAAGGACCGCGUCUUCGCCGGCUUGGUCCUGUCCGGGUUCAGAACCAGUGCCACCGCUCACGUGGAGGUGGGAGCUUCUGGAAAAUCUACGCAGGACGAGGGCUCUUUCUACAUCUUGGGUGGCCCCAAAGAGCUGCCGUGGGCUUACGAGCGCGUGUACAAGUACGACAUCACCCACGCCGUCACCGAGCUGAGUGUGAGCCCCUACUCACCCAUCAACAUCACCGUCACGCUGACAGGCUACGACGGCAGCUCUGUCGACGCCAGCCUCCCCUCUCCGCUUGUCGUCGUCCGCCCCGCCAACGCCGACUACGAUGUACUCGUCGUGCCGUUGGAAACCGCCGUCAGCAUACCGCCUAAGGUGAUCGUUCGCCGUGGAACUCAGAUCCGCUUCGUGGGCGGAGGAGAAAGUGUCCAGGGCCGCGUGCGCGAAUUGGGUAGCUACACCACCUUACAAAAGUGUUCCAUCCCACCCGGCGACGCCAACGUCUAUGACUACAACAUAAAUAAUGCGCUGCAGCCCGGCGAUUAUUACUUCACGCUCGACAACGAGGAGUCGUGCAAGGAAGGCAAGCGCAUUCAGAUCACCGUGGACGAGGAGUAGAACAUGCGCCAGGAGAUCAGACAAAUCCAGACAGCUUUUCACAGUAUGGCACCUCUCACCUGUCAUUGGCUGAUUCUUAGUGACGUCACAUAGUAAAAUGUACACUUAUUAUUUUGUUUUUUGUUCCUCUUGUAACAAUAUUUUGAGUGUGGACAUUUUUGUCCUCGCAUCCUGAUAACUCUGAUAAAAUUCUUUCCCUGAAAGUUUUAGUGCUGACAAAAAAUAUCAUUCCUGCUGCGUGUAUCUUUGAGGACUGAUGAACCGGUCGCUGUAAAUCUGCUCUCAAGAACAACAGCAACAGCAACAAAAAAAAACAAACAAACAAAACAAACAAAAACAACAACAACAAGCAGCUUGCUCAGUGCAUUAAAGGCUUAUGUGAUGUUUGUAUGUAGUGCUGUCCAAUGCAGCCAGACAGACUAUAUCUUGCUUUGCUUAAAUAAAAUAUUUCAAAUGCAA